CCACCACUACUACUACUAGUAGCAAGGAGGAAGAACCUAGUAGCUUGAAAAACACGCGGCCGCGCGCCCAGAUUCAGAUCAGAUUGCGUGCCGCUCCAUCCGAUCCGAUCGCCGCCUUCCUACCUGCCCCCAUCGGAAGCAACCAGCAACAAAAGCAAAAAAACGACGACCUCCAAAACCACCAGGCUUCGCAGACACCUCCAAAACCGUAUCCGCGGCUCGCGGCGACAGCGAUGCAAGACAAGCCGCACACGGCACGGGCCCUCGUCGGCCGCCUGCGCGGCGCCGCCGCCGCGUGCGACGCGCCCGCCACGGCCGCCGCCGUGGCCGCCAUCCGCCUCGCCUCUAAGGACGACCCGGGCAUCCGCGCGCCGCUGGCGGAGGCCGGCGCCGUGCCCCUGCUCGCCGCGCAGCUCUCCGCGCCCGCGGCCACGGACGCCGCCGCCGCGCUCCUCAACAUCUCCAUCUCCGCGCGGGAGCAGCUGGCGUCCGCGCCGGGCCUCCUCGACGCGCUCACCGCCGCGCUCCGCACCGGCGCCGCGCACCACGCCGCCGCCACCGUGCACAGCCUCCUCUGCGCCGAGGCCCACCGCGCCGCCAUCGGCGCCAGGCGCCCGCUCCUCGCCGCGCUCGUCGCGCUCCUCCGCGCGCCCCCCAGCACCCGCGCCACCAAGGACGCGCUCAAGGCGCUCUUCGGCGUCGCGCUCUACCCGCCCAACCGCGCCACGCUCGUCUCCCUCGGCGCCGUGCAGGCGCUCUUCGCGCUCGUCGUGACGGACCCCCGCCACGGGAUCGUCGAGGACGCCACCGCCGUCGUCGCGCAGGUGGCCGGCUGCGCCGAGAGCCUCGAGGCCUUCCGCUGGGUCUCCGGGGUGCGGAUUCUCCUCGACCUCGUCGAGCCGGGGGGCGCCGAGACGCCCAGGGUCAGGGAGAACGCGGCCGCCGCGCUGCUCAACCUCGUCGUGGCCGGGGGCGAGCCGGCGGUGGCCGAGGUGCUCGCGGUCGGCGGCGCCGAGGAGACCGUGCGGGACCUGGCGGAGGACAGCGCCGCCACCCCGAGGGGGAAGGCCAAGGCGGAGGCGCUGCUGAGGGCGCUGGAGGGCGCCGCGAGGAAGCGCGAGCACCGCCUCGCCGAUUUCCUCAACGGGCUCGUGCAGUCGGACCCCUACAUCUCGUCGCCGGCGUCGGCGUCCACGCACGGCUAGUCUCAUCUUAGUCAAAGGCUGACGCCUGACGCGUCGCGGUUGACCGUCCUGUACAAAACUACUAAACUACUCUAGCAGCGUAGUAUAUCACUGAAUAUAUAUAGUAUUUGUUGAUUCGUGUGAACAUAUACAUACUGUAGCACUAAAUAUACUCCGACUAGAGAGGAUUUCUCUUCUGCGUGUA